UAGUUUAUUUUUCUUCAGAAGAGCUGUUCCUAAGCAGCUGAGAAGUGUUCUCUGGUGCAGUUAAUGGUCCUGCUGAGUCAGAUACAUCCAAGAGGAGAUGUUUAUUCAUCCUGUGCUGAGCCUACACAACAAACUGACCUGUUCCUGAGCUGUGUGGGUGCCCAAAGUCUCUUGUGGGUGAUGUGGAUGAGUCAAAGCUGUGUCAGGGCUGCUGGGAGGAUCAGAUCUGUGUUUCCAGAUCUGGUGAGGGGUCCUGCUGAGGGAUAACAUUUGUCCCUGGCAUGGGGUUGGGUUCUCUGGGACCUGCAGGAGCAGCUGCAAGUGCUGCCCAGAAGGUGGGAGGCUCCUGGUGAUGGUGCUGGCGUGGAAGUCGAGGUGGGUUUUCAGUUAUGGAUAUUUGCACUGAAGUGACAGAAUUUCACACACUCUUCUUUUCCUCCUGCAGCUUCAUGUUUCCUGUUGCAGGUGGUUUGGGCCCCCCUCAAGGGAUGAUUCCUAUGCAACAGCAAGGAUUUCCAAUGGUUCCUGUCAUGCAGGCCAAUAUGCCAGGGAUGAUGGGAAUGAAUUAUGGCUCCCAGAUGCCUCCUGGACCCAUGACCAUGCAGGGGGGCAUGGCCCUGGGGCCGAUGCCAGCAGCUGGAAUGCCCUACAUGGGACAGGCCUCCUUCCUGGGAAUGCGCCCCGCCGCCCCCCAGUACAGCCCCGACAUGCAGAAGCAGUUUGCAGAGGAGCAGCAGAAGAGGUUUGAGCACCAGCAGAAGUUCUUAGAGGAAGAAAGAAAACGGCGUCAGUUUGAAGAGCAGAAACAAAAGCUGAGACUCCUGAGCAGUGUGAAACCCAAGACAGGUGAAAAAAGCAGAGAUGAUGCUUUGGAAGCCAUUAAAGGGAACUUAGAUGGCUUUUCUAGAGAUGCUAAAAUGCACCCAACACCAGCAACACACCCAAAAAAGCCAGAUCAUCCCACACCAUCCCAUUGUGCUGUAUCUGUUUCCCAUUCUGCUUUUCUCGAUGAUGAAGAAUUUAGUGACUUUAUGCAGGGGCCUGUUGAAACCCCCAAACUGGUGCCUCAAUCCACCUCUCAGCCUUUCCAUCCUGCCACUGAGGCUGGGCAGCUGCUUUCAGAGAGGGCUGUGCUCCAACCUGUCCCUCCAGCCCAGGCUCCAGUGUUAUCCACCCUGCAUGGUACAACUGGGCAGGUUCCUUAUUUUCCUACCUCUGCAUCUCCAUCCAAUACCCAUAAAACAGGCUCUUCCUUGGAGGAGAAAGCUUUAGCUAAUGGCUCAGAUGAAUCUGAACAAGAGCAAACCAAACUUAAAACAUCCGAAGUUGGGCACAAAGCCUCGGCUGCAAGCCAAGCCCAUCCCAGUCUCACCAGCAGUGACUGGGAUGUUGUAGGUGGACAUGAAAGUGGUCCCAGUGCUGCUGCAGAGGUGCACAAGGCUUCAGAACAAAACAGAGCAGUUGAAGAGUGUGGAGUUGGAGUGUUCCCUCCCCAGGACCCCAUCCAGCAAAUUAUGCCUGCCUGGAUCUACAACGACAGCUUGGUCCCAGAGCUGUAUAAGAAAAUCUUAGAAACCACUUUGACUCCUGCUGGGAUUGACACAGCCAAGCUGUACCCCAUCCUGAUGUCCUCAGGGCUGCCCAGGGAGACCCUGGGGCAGAUCUGGGCCUUGGCCAACCGCACCACGCCUGGGAAGCUCACCAAGGAGGAGCUCUACUCUGUGCUGGCCAUGAUAGCUGUGACUCAGAGAGGGAUCCCUGCCGUGAGCCCUGACGUGCUGAACCAGUUCCCAGCCGCGCCCGUCCCCACCCUGUCCGGCUUCCCGGUGCCGCUGCCGGGCGGGGUCAGCCAGCCCCCGCUGCUGCCCGCGGCUCCCCCGGCCUCCGUGGGGCUGCCCAUGGGGGCACCCGUGAUGGGCAUGGCCAUUCCCGGCCCCGGCCCUGCCCCUGCCGCGGCUCCAGCGGCUCCAGCUGCAGCACAGCCCUCCGGAGCCUUCCUGCCCUCCUACCCGCCCGGCCAGGUAGUAAAACCAGAAGAUGAUGACUUCCAGGAGUUUCAGGAUGCCUCCAAGUCUGGCUCCCUGGAUGACUCCUUCACUGAUUUCCAGGGGGAGGCAGCCAAAGCAGCCAGUUCCCAGCACCGCAGCAGUGUUCCUUCUUUACUAAUGCCACUCCCAGGUACCAAGCCACUGUCACCAGCUGAUAAAUAUGCUGUGUUUAAAGGAAUGGCAGCUGAGAAGCCUUCUGAGAGUGCAGCUGCUUUUGGAGAUGGAGGGGACAAGUACAGUGCUUUCAGAGAAUUAGAGCAGCCAGCAGAAAGCAAAUACUUGGGAGAGAACCUUGCAGAUUUCAAGCCCUCAGGAGCCGACGAUGGUUUCACAGAUUUCAAAACCGCUGACAGCAUCUCCCCGUUAGAGCCACCCUCAAAAGACAAAACCUUCCCUGCACCCUUCCCUCCUCUGCCUGCUCAGCCCAAACAGCCAACACAAGCCAAGACCCCUUUGAAUCUGGCAGACUUGGAGCUCUUUUCCUCUCCUGGAGAAAACAAGCAGCCGUCCUUCCCACCUGCGUUCAACACCUCCAAACCGGGCUCCUUUCCGCCCCCACCCCUUCCAUCCACCUCUGCCCAGCCAGCACCCAGCAAAACUUCAAGCUUAGCUGAUGACUUUGGAGAGUUCAACCUUUUUGGGGAAUUUUCUAACGGCGCAUCAGCCAGUGGACAAGAUGACUUUGCAGAUUUUAUGGCUUUCAACAACAGCGGCGGGUUCUCGGAACAAAAACCCGAUGACAAAUACAAUGCACUCAAGCUGGAGGCCAGCCCUGCUGCUCAGGCUGGCUCCUCAGGCAGCACAGUGAAGGGAGGGCAGAGCUCUGCCACCACUGCUACUCCCACCAAGUAUGACAUCUUCAAGCAGCUGUCCCUGGAGGGCUCGGGAGCGGGCUUCGAGGAGGCCAAGGACGGCGCGCUCUCCUCGGCCAAGAGCGAUGAUGACUUUGCUGACUUCCACUCCAACAAGUUUUCUUCCAGCAGCGCUGAGAAGUCACUGGUGGACAAAGUGGCAGCUUUCAAGCAGGCCAAAGAAGAUUCAGCUUCAGUGAAAUCCCUGGAUCUGCCUUCCAUCGGCGGCAGCAGCGUGGGCAAGGAGGACUCCGAAGACGCGCUGUCUGUUCAGUUUGACAUGAAACUGGCUGAUGUGGGAGGAGAUCUUAAGCAUGUCAUGUCUGAUAGCUCUUUGGAUUUGCCAACAGUUAGUGGCCAGCAUCCACCAGCAGCAGAUGUGGAUGACUUAAAGGGAGGCCCGUUUGGAAGCUGUCACAGUGGCUCUGCAGUCAGCAGCCUGGCGAGCUACGACUGCUCUGGCUCCGACAGGGACGACGCCCAGCCGGGCAAGAGACUCUCCUGCUUCUCGGGGAGCGGCUCCUCGGCAGCCACCUCGGUCCUCCAGAAGAAGGAGACCUUGUUUGGCAGCUCAGAAAACAUCACCAUGACAACAGUUUCCAAAGUGACAACCUUCUCCAGCGAGGAUGCUUUGCAGGAUGUUCCCUUCGCAGCCUUUGCGAACUUCAAGGACUCGGGGCCGGUGUCCAGCGCGCCGAGCGACGACGACAUCGGCGACUUCGGGGAUUUUGCCAGACUUCCCUCGGAAGCUCAGGAUGCAGCAGCAGCUGACACAGCCCUGGGUGCUGAUUUCCUCCACGGAGUCUCCUCUGAGCUGCACAGAGAGGCCACGGAUGACUUCGGAGAGUUCCAAAGUGAAAAACCGAAAAUCAGCAAGUUCGACUUCUUGGUGGCAACUUCGCAAGGCAAGGUGAAAUCCAGUGAGGAGAUGAUCAAGAGUGAGCUGGCCACCUUUGACCUGUCUGUGCAAGGGUCUCAUAAGAGGAGCCUGAGCCUGGGGGACAGAGAGAUCAGUCGCUCCUCACCUCUGCCAGCCCUGGAGCAGCCGUUCAGGGACCGCUCCAACACCCUGAGCGAGAAGCCAGCCCUGCCCGUGAUCAGGGACAGGUACAAGGACCUGACUGGGGAGGUGGAGGAGAGUGAGAGGUAUGCCUACGAGUGGCAGAGGUGCCUGGAGAGUGCCCUGCAGGUCAUAAAGAAAGCAAAUGACACCUUAAAUGGAAUCAGCAGUUCAUCUGUUUGCACUGAAGUUAUCCAGUCUGCUCAAGGCAUGGAGUAUUUACAGGGGGUUGUUGAAGUCUACAGGGUAACAAAGAGGGUGGAGCUGGGCAUCAAAGCAACUGCAGUUUGCAGUGAGAAGCUGCAGCAGCUGCUGAAGGAUAUUGAUAAAGUGUGGAACAACCUGAUCAGCUUCAUGUCCCUGGCUGCUCUCACGCCAGAUGAAAACUCCCUGGAUUUCUCUUCUUGUAUGCUGCGCCCAGGGAUUAAAAAUGCCCAGGACCUUGCCUGUGGGGUGUGUCUCCUAAAUGUGGAUUCCAGGAGCAAAAAAGAAGAGAAACCUGUGGAAGAACUUCCCAAGAAAGCCUUUAACUCAGAGACAGAUAACUUCAAGCUGGCCUACGGGGGGCACCAGUACCACGCCAGCUGUGCCAACUUCUGGAUCAACUGUGUGGAGCCCAAGCCCCCAGGGCUGAUCCUGCCAGACCUGCUCUGAGAGCAGCUGCACUGCAGCUGGAGCUUUGGGUCGCUGGUGCAGGGCUUGGGGUGACUGCUGUGCUGGAGAGGCUGGAGCUGGGCUCAGGGUUGGAAAUGUCUGGGAUUGAUUUUUGGUCCAAAAGUCAGUGGAUUAAAGCCACUGUUGCAGAUGGUGAAGAAUUCACUUGUAAUGGCCAAGGUUUCGGAAGUAAGUGGAAAAUAUGGCAAAAAAAAAAGUGGCAUUUUGGUCUUUCUGAAGAUGAAAACGUUAUCCUGUGGAAAAGCAGCUUGGUGACCAUGUGCAUAAAGCUGGGAGAGGCCAGCAUGGAGCUUCCCAGAGAACCUGGAAUGCUGGGCUGAUUUGCAUAGGAAAAAAACCACUUAAAUACUUGAAGUCUGUAUUUGCAAGCAAAUCUUUUCCUUAACGUUUCUGGGACAUGGACCUUGAUGUUCUCUGAGUAUUUGCUGCUGUGGUAUCACAGCACAUGAGUCACAGCAGCAUCCAGGCAGAAUGAAUUACUGACUCAGAGGAGAGGCUGCUGGGUGUUUGUGCUUCCACUGCUCUGUGCUGGAAGUUGUGCUGGAUGCAGAGCUGGUUACUGCUGGAAGGUGAGGACUGGAAAACUGUUGUAAUUUUUCCUGUGCAGUGUGGAUUCUGUAGUGCAGGCAGCUGGAGUUUAAAACUCACUGUUGUAAAUACAGAUAAACUUCCCUGCAUUUGUGCUGAGCUCCAGGUAGGAUUUUGUCUCUCCUGACCUUUUGGGAACUGGAUGGCUGCAGCACUGCUGAGAGCUGGGCUCUGCUGAUGCAGCACAUCUGCUGCUCUGUAGAUUCUUUCCCUUUUUUGGCUGUGGAGAUGCUGUUCCUGAUGGGAUGGGAGGGGAUGGGAUGGCUGAGUGUGACUCUGCUGCUACCUGUAGCAACGUGUUCCUGUGACUCAGAGCUGGCAGCACAAGGUGGCCCCCGGCUCCUGCAGCAGGGAGUGGGAUUUAAGACCCAAAGGGAUUUAACCCUGGAAUUUGGUGGUCUCAGCAAGCUGAGUUUGGAGCAUUGUGUCCCUGCUGGUUUGUGGCUUUUGCAGGUGCCUCUCUGGACAGGUUUGUGUCACUAAAUGUUACCUGUGCAUCUCAAGUACCUGGUUCCUCCUUCAGAUGCAAUAUCCAGAGGACAGUGCAGUCAAUGGAGUGAGUGCUGCUUACAGGAUUUUAAACCUGUGGGAGCUUCAUGGUGUCACAAGAGACAUCCCACAACCCUGUCUAGGUCUGCAGGGAAUGAAGUGGGGUGUAAAUCCAUAGGGUACAACUUCCUCCUUAAUUCUGUGGCUCAGGUCUGUCCCUUUCCUCCAGAGAUCUCAACAGCUUCUCCAAGUUAAUCCUGCCCCCAUUACAAGUACCUGACACUGACCUGUGGUUAUUUGCUGAAACAGAAAUUACAAUGAGGAAAACGAUGCUUUGUAUUUAAAAAACAAACAGGCUUAGUUAGACAGAACUAUUAAUUAGCCCAAAUGAAAGAAUCUUGGCUCAGAGGUGUCUGGCUCCUUCCUUACACCAAUUACAAUAAAUCUCCUUGCUGCCUCAAAUUAGCUCAUCCAUGAAAUAAAGCACCCUGUGCCUCCAGCUGAUCCAGAGGCAGAUUUCCUAUGCUGUGUUCCCACAUCCUGCCCAGGAAUUACCAAAAAAACCAGGGAAGCAACUCCUUGCUUCUCUCCCUUUCAUUUAUUAGGUGGGAAAGGGCUCCAGCACCACAUCUUGUGCCCUCAGCCCUUGUUUUCCAGCACAGUCAGGGGCUGCUGUGCCCCUACCAGAGUCUGGGGACAGGAGCCACUGCAGCUCCUCUCCAGUGGCUGGGAGAGGCUGGUGCUGAGGGAGUGCUGUGCUGGGAAAAGGGAGUUUACUGUCAGCCUGGCUUUCCACCACAGCUCCCCAACACUUUGCUGGAGAGGAAUUUUUCCCCCUAAUCAAAAGAAAAUGCCACAAAUAAGAGGUCAUGGUGUGAAAUUUAAAGCAGCAGCUGUAUUGUCACAGGAGCAUCUUCCAGUGCUGGUUUUUCUGUACCUGUUACCAGCUCAGCCCCUCUCUGAGCUGCAGCCAACGAGGCUUUUGGCCAUUUUUGGGCAUUUACAAUUCCAAGUGCAGCAGAGCUCACUGAAGGGUGACACAGCAGGGAGAGCUGCAGGGACCAUCCCUGGCUUUGUGGGGAGCAGGAAGGGCUCUGCUCCACCAGCCAUGGGGGCACAGGCAAGGUUUGCACGGAGAUCCCCUCCAUAAAGGAGGAUGAGCUGCAGAUCCCAGUCAUUCCAGUGACUCACUGGAGCAUUCAGCAUCUCUCAGUUGUUGCCAGCCAAAGCCCAGUGUCCUUCCAAGCUGUAUCCAAGGUGACAGGAUUGUCACAGCCCACCUUCCCCUGCUGCCUCUGCUGCAGGUCCCUGGACAAUGUCAGACCUGUAACUCCUGUUCCUGCAUGGAUUCUCUCACUGGAAAAAGAGAAAUGAGAUUUUCUUUGGUUUUUUUAUCUAUGUGUAGAUAGGUGAAAGGGGCUGCCUUGGUGUGAUCUGUGGGAGGUGGGGUUUCUGUCUCUUUGUGUAUAUUUGGAGUUCUGAGGAAUUAUUUGCUCAGUUAUUUAAUGUAUUUCUGGCUUAACCCCGUUGUGUUCCUGGUGCUUCCAUGUCGUGGCAGCUUCUCCCUGGUGCUGGGGCUGCUCCAGCCUCUUCCUGCCCCUCCCUCCUCGUGUGGGGCUGUGAGUCCCUGCACAGUCACCUGUGCCCUGGGAAUUGUCACCUCCUGCACUCCCCUUCCAUCCCAAGGACUUUUCCUCCCUGGCAGCAGCUUCUCCUGCUGGGUUUGGUGGGAGCAGCUCUGGAAUCCCUGCAGGGUGUGGGAGUGAGGGAGAAGUUCAGCCCAGGCUGAGCAGGAGCUCAUGGAAACCCCAUGGAAUGUUCUCAGUCCUGUCAGCUACACUGGGAAUCACUAACUUGAAACAAAACCUGCCUUUCCAAUAAAAGCUGCUAUUGUACAAACUGCUGCUUUGGAUUUACUUUUAAUUCUGCACCUGUAUUUAAUUCCAGCUCUCUGUGUUAAAAUAGCAAUGUCAUAAUUUUAUGAAGAAGAGCAAUCAGAAAACUUCUCUUUUUAUUGUGAUUCUUCUCCUGCCCUCUGGGCAAAUGUUGUUUUUCUUCCAGAAGUGGUUUUGUGAUUAUUAUUUGGAGCUGUUUGGGUUUGUGCUGUGCUGGAGUUGCUGCUGAUAUUUUAAAUCCAAUGAGAGUAAGUGUUAUUAAUUGACUUUAGUACCUUCUUUACUCCCUUAAUUCCUGCAAUGAUUUAUAAAUCCUGUGUUGAGAUUCCAACCUGGUGUUCAAUAAAAAGCUCGUUUCAUAUCUGACCAGCCUGGGAAGCUGAAAUAUUUAUAUCAUAAUGUAGUGAAACCUGCUCUGUGGCUGGAAUGGGGAAGGUGUCUUGCCAAAUAUUGGAAGAUAUAAAAUGUUUUUCAGACAAUUAAGAUGCCAUUUGGAAGAGCCUGUGGGGAGCAGGAGAAGGUGUGUUCCCCUCAAAGCCAGUGGGUGUGCUCAGAGCAAUCCAAGCUAAACCAGGGCUCGCUCUUCUUUGCUUCCUGUAGAUUUGAGAAUGGAAUAAAAGCUGGA